AUGGGUUUGGAUUAUUACAACAUAUUGAAAGUGAACAGGAAUGCAACAGAGGAGGAUCUGAAGAAAUCAUACAGGAGAUUGGCUAUGAAAUGGCAUCCUGACAAAAACCCUAACACUAAAACUGAAGCUGAAGCCAAAUUCAAGCAGAUCUCUGAGGCUUAUGAGGCAAAGUUUUUUGGUGGGAAAUGUUUUCAGGUUCUGAGUGAUCCGCAGAAGAGAGCGGUAUAUGAUCAGUACGGGGAAGAAGGACUGAGCGAUAUACCGCCUCCCGGGAGCACGGGAAACAAUGGAAGAGCGAGCGGUUUUAACCCGAGAAAUGCAGAAGAUAUAUUUGCUGAGUUUUUUGGAAGUAGUCCAUUUGGUUUUGGAUCAGCUGGUGGUCCAGGAAGGUCAAUGAGGUUUCAAUCUGAUGGAGGAGGAAUGUUUGGUGGAUUUGGCGGCGGAAACAAUGGAAGCGAAAAUAACAUUUUCAGAACUUAUAGCGAAGGGACUACUGCACCUAAGAAACCUCCUCCGGUUGAGAGCAAAUUGCCUUGUAGCCUUGAAGAGUUGUACUCUGGAUCAACUAGGAAAAUGAAGAUCUCUAGAUCCAUUGUUGACGCUAACGGGAGACAGGCGCAAGAGACAGAGAUUCUGACUAUUGUUGUGAAACCUGGAUGGAAGAAAGGGACAAAGAUCAAGUUUCCUGACAAAGGAAAUGAGCAAGUGAAUCAAUUACCCGCUGAUUUGGUGUUUGUAAUCGACGAGAAACCGCAUGAUUUGUUCACGAGAGAUGGGAAUGAUCUCAUCACAAACCGAAAAGUGACGCUCGCAGAAGCUAUAGGAGGAACAACUGUUAGCAUCAACACGCUCGAUGGGCGGAAUUUACCCGUUGGUGUCACGGACAUCGUCAGUCCAGGGUAUGAGCUUGUGGUUCCUGGAGAAGGGAUGCCUAUCGCUAAAGAACCAAGGAACAAAGGCGAUCUCAAGAUCAAAUUCGAUGUUCAGUUUCCGACAAGGUUGACAAUGGAUCAGAAAACCGCACUCAAGCGGGUCUUAGUUGGUUGA